AUGAAGAGGUUGUCUGUCGUCUAUCUUUGGGCAAGGGGACGAAGACUACAGAUGAAUGAGGGUGAGGCGAUGCCGGAGAUGCCGCACGCGCGGGAUGCUGGGCUGCUGGGCGUCGUCCUGUCCUCGCGUUCAGGUGCGUUCUGCUCCUCUGCGCGGACGCGGGAUGCGGCCGACGUCCCCCACGGCCGGUAA